AUGAGGAUCGUUGUUCAGUGCAAAGCGUGGUAUUCAAAAGAAAUAGGUCGGGAUAAAAUCGAUGAGUUUAGAACAGUGGUGUUGGACGGGAGGUACGCAUUCAGGGUUUAUGUAGGAGCGGUGGAAGGAAAAUUUGCGAAUGGAGCGUAUAAAUCGACUGAAAGGUCAGGAGGCAGUAUUCUCAUUACCGUGUAUAAUAGAAUGUGUCGAGAUUUAGUGAGGUUUAUCGUAGAGCGAUUUUAUGAACAUAUUCGUGUAUUAGAAAAUAGAAAUAGAUUAUUUAUAUUAGACUAUAAUAAAAAGCAUCGCAUCGGCAUUGAUUUGAAUCAAAAAUACGUUAGAAUUCAGAAAAAGUAUCGCAUUGCCAAUGAAAUUAUAAAAAUCAAUGGUGUAAUUAAAAACUUGAAAACUAUCUGCGAAAUUUUAGAGGGAACAGUUGGUCUUAACAAUGUGAGCUUGAUGAUCAAAGAUGAUGAAAUUGAGAGACAUCUGUAUCAAAUUAUUGCUAAGGCCCAAAUCUGCAAAUAUUUGAAUGAAGAAUUGAAUAAUAAGAAUAUGCUGACUGAGAAACAAAUUUCCGAUUUGAAAUUAUUAUUACCUAACGAUUUAGAAGCACAAACUCAAACCAUAGUAAAUAAGAUUGGAUUAUAG